UAAGUUUAAGCCGGAAAGAUGUUUUCAGUCUCUUCUGUAUUCUUUGGUGUGUGUGUGUGUGUUUUGUAUUUGUAUAAAUCUAUCGUUGCUUUUGUUUUACGUUGUAUCUAAAAGAAAUUCCGCCAUCAAUUAAUCAUUUGAACUUUGUUUAUUUAUCGAUCUGACAUUGAAAUAUUAUGUCUUCUCUUUUCGCAUUCGUAUUUGGCAGCUGUUCCUUUUAAACUGACAGUUUGCAUGGGGAAAUUGAUGCAAUCCCGGUAUCAAUUCGACCAAAUUUUAAUCCAAAAAAAGGCCCAUUUUGUCAGUUAAAUAAAUUCGAGCUUUUAUUUGAAGUUUGUUGAGGCGAAUUUGCAUCGAGACCGGUUCAAAGGCCGUCUGGUUCGCAUAGUCGAGAAGAAAAUAGGUUAUCGUAAUGGAACGGCUUGCUGGGCUGUUAGAAUUUAUCGUUCAUUGUGUCUGAUGUGAAAAAUCGAACGAGAAAACGAAUAUGAAAAUGUUGAAAAAAUGAAAACCGUAUUCUUCCUAAGAAAAUUGUUCACAGUCCUCCUGGUUAUUUUUAUUAACAGUUUUUUUAAUACCUUUUGCAAAACGGCUGGGCCAAAAGGUUAGCCGGACCGCAGAAGUAAAGUUUGCAGGAAAAAUCGAAGCGUAAAUAACGAGGGGGUAUGAAUUUGAGAACAGGAGCGAACGGGACUCCAGGCGGGCAGGCGAACGGGACGGCCGGCCAGGUUCUGAAGCAGGAAUCCCCGACUUCUGACUACACCGAGGACUGCCCGAGCGAGCAGAGCGAGUCGACCUGCUCCAGCGUCACUUCUUCCAGUCCUGUGCCUGCUGCGCCGGGCCCUCCUGCCCAUUCGAGCCCGAAUUUCCCUCAAGCCGUCAAGAAUAAACACCCCCAUCAUAUACCUUACGACCCAAAGAUACACAUCACCUCGAAGCCACCCUAUUCUUUCUCCUGUCUCAUUUUUAUGUCCAUUGAAGACUCGAAGGGGAAGGCGCUACCAGUCAAGGAGAUCUACACUUGGAUCCUGGACCACUUUCCCUACUACAGAAACGCCCCGACCGGAUGGAAAAACUCGGUCAGGCACAAUCUCUCCCUCAACAAGUGUUUUAGGAAAGUCGACAAAGCGCCGGUAAAUACGAAUUUAGGAAAAGGCUCAUUGUGGAUGGUAGAUCCAGUAUCUAGGCCAAAAUUAGUUGAAGCUUUGAUGAAAGCUCCUUAUCAUCCUUAUACAAACUUAGACAAAUCAAACUCAGCUCCACACCUGCGGAAAAGGAGUCCGAGCCCAGAGUGUGCAGAUACAGGGAGUCUAGACGAGCUGGACGAUGUUGAUGCAGCGGCAGCUAUGCUUGUACUGAAGCACGGUCCACAUGCGCGUCUCCACAUAUCCCAUUCAAGAGAAGAAUACCAUAAAAAGCAUAGAAUGGCGCUCCAGCAAGGACUGACAAACGGAAAGUGGCCUCGGGAGGAUGAAUGCGUGCAGGCCCGUCCAAUAGAAGAUCACAACUACAGCACACUUGAAGGAGGCACAGAGCAGAAUUCAGCGGAUGAGGCGUUUGCUGAUGGUUCUGAUUCAAAUUCAAGUGGAUCGCUGCGAAUUUAUGAAGAUGCAGACUUGGAAGAAAGGCGCAAGACAGCAGAGGGGGCCGAUGCGCUUCUCAACCUAGCUGGUAUCAAGACAGCGGUGACUGUACUCCCACCGGCGAAGCGCAUACGCACCCUCUCGCCCGCUCAACCCAUGACGCCUCUCAGCCACAACAACAACACUAGCAUCCCAGCGAAACUGCGUAGAAAACCCGUCUGCCCACAGCGUAUGAAGGCAAAGAGGUAGGGGUCAAAAGGAGCCCCAUGAGAGCUACAAAACUUUAAAAAGCUUUAGUCUAGUUUAGCCCAAUGAACUAUAAAAAUUAUUUUAACUAUAUUAAUUUUAUUUGAAUAUUAUUUUUUGUUCUGUUUUGUUUUUUUGUGAGUAUGUAUAUAUAAUACAGAUCCAUAUAAU